ACUCUUCUAGAAUCCGGUCUUGUCAUCAUUCGGAAAUUGGUUUUGAUUUGUGGUGUCACGUUUGUGCCGGUGUUGUUUCUGAAUGAAUUAAAAAGGUCCAUUUUUGUUGAAAACAUGAAGCAGUUGAUUGUUUUAGCGAUAAGUUUGCUGCUUUUAAUCGGAUACACACGAGCAGAUGAAUCUAUUGGGGAAGGAACCGUGGAAAAGGUUGACCUGGACUUGGGGGCUAGUAGAGAAGGGUCAAGAACAGACGAUGAAGUCGUUAAAAGGGAAGAAGAAGCAAUUAAAUUGGACGGACUUAAUGUUGCCCAAUUAAAAGAACUGCGCGACAAAGCGGAGAAAUUCACUUUCCAGACGGAAGUUAAUCGGAUGAUGAAACUAAUCAUCAACUCCUUGUACCGAAAUAAAGAAAUUUUCCUCAGGGAAUUAAUUUCUAAUGCUUCUGACGCUUUAGAUAAGAUCCGCUUGUUGUCACUGACAGAUAAAAAUGUGUUGGACUCAAAUCCCGAGUUGAAUAUUCGAAUCAAAGCCGACAAGGAGGCGGGAAUGCUUCAUAUUACCGAUACUGGUAUCGGAAUGACUAAACAAGACCUUGUUAACAACUUGGGUACUAUUGCGAAAUCGGGCACUGCCGAAUUUUUGAGUAAAAUGCAAGACGCUUCAACUGCUCAAGAUAUGAACGAUAUGAUUGGUCAGUUUGGUGUUGGUUUCUAUUCGGCUUUCUUAGUUGCGGAUAAAGUUGUCGUAACGACAAAACAUAACGACGAUAAACAGUACAUUUGGGAGUCGGAUUCGUCAAGCUUUUCCAUUGUGGAUGAUCCUAGAGGCGAUUCGUUGAAAAGGGGAACCACAGUCAGUCUCCAGUUGAAACCCGAAGCCAAAGAUUUCCUCGAACAUGACACUGUUCGUUCUUUAGUUAAGAAAUAUUCACAAUUUAUCAAUUUCCCAAUCUAUAUGUGGACUAGUCAUACGGAACAAGUGGAAGAACCAAUCGAAGAAGAUGAAAAGUCGGAAGAGAAGGAGAAGCCUGAUACUGAAGAUGAGGCAGCUGUUGAGGAAGAGAAGGAGGAAGAAAAACCCAAGACUAAGAAAGUUGAUAAGACGGUUUGGGACUGGGAACUGUUGAAUGAUAGUAAGCCAAUUUGGACGAAGAAACCGUCGGAAGUUGAUGAUAAGGAAUACGACGAGUUUUACAAGUCUUUGACUAAGGAUAGCAAACAACCUUUGGCAAAAGUUCACUUUAUUGCCGAAGGUGAAGUUACUUUCAAGGCUUUGUUGUACGUACCAGAAGUACAACCAUCUGAAAGUUUUAACAGAUAUGGUACCAAAACCGAUAAUAUCAAAUUGUACGUUCGAAGGGUAUUCAUUACGGAUGAAUUUAACGACAUGAUUCCAUCUUAUUUGAGUUUUGUUCGAGGUGUUGUAGACUCAGACGACUUACCUUUGAACGUUUCCCGUGAAACUCUCCAACAGCACAAACUAAUUAAAGUUAUUAAGAAGAAACUGGUUCGCAAAGUUCUAGAUAUGUUGAAGAAGAUAUCUGAGGAAGAUUAUGAGAAAUUCUGGAAGGAGUACUCUACAAACAUCAAACUUGGAACAAUUGAGGAUCCAGCAAACCGCACCCGAUUGGCUAAACUCCUCCAAUUCCAUUCAUCCAACAGUGACAAAAUGACUUCGUUAGCUGAUUACGUCAAACGUAUGAAGCCCAAACAAGAACGCAUUUUCUACAUUGCUGGUUCAUCCAAAGACGAAGUCCAAAAAUCGCCUUUCGUUGAGCGAUUGCUCCGUAAAGGGUAUGAGGUUUUGUACCUCGUCGAAGCCGUCGAUGAGUAUGCGAUUUCGGCAGUUCCGGAAUUCGAAGGCAAGAAGUUCCAGAAUGUGGCCAAGGAAGGCUUCAGCUUGACUGAAAGCGAAGGAGGAAAGGAACAAUUGGAGCAGCUUAAGACCACCUUUGAGCCUUUGACGAAGUGGUUAAGCGAUGAAGCGCUCAAGGACCACGUCGCCAAAGCUACAGUUUCAGAAAGGUUGAGUGAUUCCCCGUGCGCUCUAGUCGCCAGUAUGUUUGGAUGGACCGGAAAUAUGGAACGGUUAGCGAUUUCAAACGCACACCAAAAGUCAGACGAUCCUCAAAGGUCGUAUUAUUUGAACCAGAAGAAGACACUGGAGAUCAACCCAAGGCAUCCGUUGAUGCGUGAGUUGUUGAAGCGGGUCAAUGACGAUCCGUCGGAUCCUACGGCCAAAGAUAUGGCCUUGAUGUUGUUCCGGACGGCAACGCUUAGAUCGGGUUAUAUGUUACGGGAGACGGCGGAUUUUGCGCAAUCUAUCGAAGCGAUGAUGAGGAAAACGUUGGGUGUGCCCCUGGAUGAAGGGGUGGAGGAAGAGGAGGAUCUUCCCGAAGAUGGUAUUCCGGAAGAAGAGAGUGAGGAGAUCAAGGAUGAUGAUGGGGAUCAUGACGAGUUGUAAAUAGUGUGAGUGUGUGUGUGAUAAUGAUUGUUUAACGAUCAUCAAAGACUGUCUAAUUUUUGUAUCGUACCUCUUUAAAUUAUAAUAAACAAUACUUAAAUCGA